CAUUAGCGAUGGCAGUCGGUGUUCACUCGUGACAUCAACAACAUCGCCUCGCUAUUUAUGUAUGCGUAUAUGAAAGGUGAUUCAUAUUUUCAAUCGCGCUCGUUGAACUAUAUAACCGCGCUCGUCAUUGAUUUUCACUGUACAGCUGUACGGUGAAUUUGUGAAUCAAUUCCGGCAAAUUUUCACCGAUUCGUUGAGCAGUUUUAUUCCAGGAAUUAGUUUACAAUUAGUUUCAAUGCGAGGUAUACAUUUGUUCGAUGGAAUUCGAGCGCCUUGAAGUUUCCGGUACGGUCUGGUAGUCUCUCCUUGACCGGCGCAGGUGUAUGGAAUGUUUUCAGUUGUCGACUCGAGGAACGAUGUCUCGGUUUACCGGCAGGAUACUGAGCCGUUACAGACGCGCGAAAUUUAAAUUUAAGGGCGCGAUCGAGAGAUUCGUAGUUUCCGGAUCGAUAAUUAUUAUUCUCGUCACGAUCGGAUUAGCGAUUGUUGAAGAGGAGAGCCGAACGAUUCCCACGGACAGCCACGAGCUUAGAUCACUUUUGAGAGAAGCAUCGGCGGAAAAUAGACGACGCGUUCGAUUGGUCGAGGAUACUUGCAAAGAUAAUUAUCUGGGUUCUUACGGCCAACCGGAAAUCGAACCUCUGUGGAAACAUCCGCCGGCGCCGCAGUACACCGUACUUUACAUCGACGAGGCGCACAAUAUCUCCUAUUGUCCGAUAUACAAAGCUGGAAGUACAACGUGGCUUUAUAAUUUAUGCCUACUUAAUGGAAUCUCGGAAAACGAACUCGACGAUGGACGCCAACAGAUUUCAACGAUUGCUAGAAAGGUUCUACCGGCAAUGGAAUUUCCGGAAGCAGACGAGGCGAUGAAAAAAAGCGCAAAUCUAUUGGUGGUUCGUCACCCCUUCGAACGACUUCUCAGUGCGUACCGCGAUAAAUUGGAAAAUUCUGUGGCUGGCCGAAAACACGGAACUCUUCAUUUCUACGAAAAAUAUGGAUCGAAAAUUGUGAGAAAGUAUCGAGAUGAGAAAGUUUCGCCCCCGAGACCCGAUCAAGUGAUUAGAAAAAAGGGCGUUCCUCCUCCCGCUGGAAUCGAGCCCACGUGGAGAGAAUUCGUCCAAUAUUUGAUCGACACGGAUUUAGCGAGCUACGGAGACGACCACUGGAUGCCUUAUUACCUUUUCUGCGCACCUUGUAUCGUCAAAUUUGAUUUGAUUGCCAAGGUCGAAACUUUGUGGAGGGACCAGAUAUUCGCGAUAUACGAAUUGGGAUUGGAGAACAAAAUAAGUCCCAGAUGGAGACACAGAAAUAGCGAUAAAUCUAACGCUGCAAAGGUUUACUUCAGUCAACUAAGUCCCGGCAUGGUAGCGAGGCUUUACGACAAAUUCAAGCUAGACUUCCAAAUGUUCGACUAUUCGCCCGUCUGGCCGGUCAAUUAUUAUGAAUAUACAACGUCCGAUGGAUCCUGACCGUCUUUUAUUCACAAAUUGCGAAAUAAAACAUGUAAAUUGUUAAAAAAAAAACUUCAGUUCUC